AUGGCUUCAAACAUCAACCCUCAAAACCCACCACAACAAAUCUCUGAAGUUGACAAAUCCUCAUCAGGUAAAAUGAAUCAACGCAACCCCUUUAAUGCGAUGGCUCAACAACAGAAAUAUCUGCUUGAUCGUUACUGGAAUUACCAGAUGCAACAGAUCAUGGGUGCCACAGAAGCUGAAGUCAGGAAACCUGCAAUUCCUUUGGCACGAAUUAAGAAGAUCAUGAGGGCUGAUGCGGAUGUUAAGAUGAUAUCCGCAGAAGUUCCCCUGAUCUUCUCUAAGGCUUGCGAGUUCUUUGUUCAGGAACUCACCAUCAAGUCCUGGCCUCGUGCUGAGUAUCAUGGACGUCGAACCCUCCGUAAGGAGGACAUUGCUGAGGCCCUUGGAUCUGAACCGAUGUGCUAUGAGUUUCUCUUUGAUUCGGUAGGUAUUCCACGGGAAGGUGGCGAUGAGAAUGAGAUGAAUGAUGGUGAUGGUGGGCUUGGGGAUGAGAUGGAUGUUGAUGAUGGAGCCGCUAAUUAG